CUUACUAGGGCUAUACUAGCCUAGUUCACAUGUCUGUAUGGGAUGGUACGUAAGUGGAAAAUUCGCUUCCUACAGACUGUGAACAAGUUCAUCACUAUUGUUCUAAGAACCUUCUCUCUAACCAUUAGACUAGACAUGCCGGAUUCGCAAAGCGUCAAGAACCACAACAACGGCCGGAACGGAAUGGAUAAUGGGACACCUAUCGCGUCUGACGAAGAAUCCCAAACGAACAGCCCUACAGAAGGCGUGGUCACAAGUCAGCAAGCGGACGUUCAUCACGAGCGGACGGUUAGGUGUGCAGAUGAAGUGGGUCGUCCACUAGAGGAAACAUUUCAAUUGAAUGAGAAUCAAUCGCUUGGUGGCAACAAGGAUUCACAUGCAACUGCAAAGCCAACACUUCAGAUGCGUUUGAGCUUGCAUGAUUAUGAAAGGGACUGUCCCGGACCUCAGCCAGUUUCACUGCCCGACUUCUACGACAUUCUGUCUACUAUGAAGGUGAGACUAAAGAACGUACGUCACGACAUCGCCAAGUCGAUCUUGCUUAUAACCGUACUGGCAGUUUCUACUGAUCGAUCCAAACACGUGACGGUUCGUUUCACGUCGAACGAUUGGAAAACGUAUGAAGAUCGUCCAGGAAGUGAAAGAAGCUCGAGAGGUGGCAAAUACGACAAAUUUCUCGUCGAGAUUCCUGUUCCAAAAGCCAUAAAUCUGCUAGCAGAAAAACAACAUGAGAAAUCUCCAAGAAAUUUGGAAAUGCAGUUUGCUGUGUGUUACCACACGGAAGGACAAAGCAGCUGGUGGGACAACAACUUUGGUUGUAACUAUCGCCUGAGAUGGAUGAAGAAAGAAAACGACGUCUAACUCUAGCUAGAUAAUAAUAAUUGUCAUUGUAUGUGCACUGUCACAAUCGUCUAGCUCUAGAUAUCAAUUUGCAGACACUAUCUAAAUGUAGAUUCCCUGUAUCUCUAGCUUCGUACUUUCAGUCAACACUGCUACAUUUCUAUCUACUCUAGAUAGCAAUAUUGUUAUAUGUAAUCACU